AUGCUGUUUCUGUGUUUGCUCGUGUUGCUGCUAGUGCUGCUGGUGAUUGUAUCGGUCAAAAUAAGAUCGAAAAAAUUGAUAGAACUACACAGACAGAUCAAAGUGAACUUCCCCUAUGUCCCGGUGAUCGGACACGCCUACAAGUUUAUUGGAACUAAUGAAGAUCGCAUGCUGAUGUUCGACGAGCUCGGCCGCCAGGCGCACUGCAACCCGUACGGGCUGGCCAGCUUCUGGCUCGCGCACUACUUGUGUGUGUCGAUAUCCGAUCCCGUGUGUGCGAGUGCUGUGCUGAAAACUUUUUCUGACAAGUGGCCCGUCACGUUGUCUAUGCGCCACCUACUUGGUAAUGGAUCAGUUUUUGCGGAAGCGGAAAUAUGGCGACUUCGUAGGAAAAUUCUUAUUCCGGUAUUCAAUUCUAAAUACUGCGAUAAUUUUGUGAAAGUCUUCGAACGAAACAAUGAAGUAUUGAUUGAAAAGCUCGCCGCGGUGGUGGGACAAGGAGACAUUUCGAUGUGGCCGUUCUUCAGUUCCUACACUCUAGACUCUGCUUUUGGUAUGACUUUUGGUGAAAACGUCAACGCCCAGAAGGAUCCAAAUCACCCGUUCGCCAAAGCAUUUCAAGAUUAUUUUCGGAACAUGGCGGUGCGCGUCUGCCAGCCGUGGCUGUUUAGUGCCGCGCUGUACGAGCUGCUGCCCGCGGGCCGGCGCCAGGAGCGCAACCGCCGCGUCCUGUGGGACUACCUCGAUGACAUUAUCACAAAAAAGAAGAGGAAAAUAUCCGCAGAAAAACUCGAAAACGAAUUGGAACAUCACAGACAAAAUACCGUAAAUAAUAAUUUCAAAUCAUUUCUGGACCUUUUGAUUGAGUUCUCCGGUGGUGAAGAUGGAUAUACUGACACCGAGUUGCGUGAAGAGACGAUUGUGUUGAUCCUCGCUGCCACCGACACCUCCGCCACCACGCUGAGCAUCGCGGCCGUGCUGCUAGCCAACCACCCCCGCGUGCAGGACAAAGUUUACGAAGAGUUACAAGAAGUUUUGGGAGAUUCAGAGAGAUGCCUUGAUAAUUUAGCGAAGCUGAAAUAUUUAGACGCGGUGGUAAAGGAAACCCUGCGUCUGUACCCCCCGGCGCCGGUAACGGUGAGAAGAUGCGACAAAGAUCUAGAAUUACCUUCCGGCUUAGUUCUCAAUAACGGCUGUUAUUUCCUGCUAAACUUCUGGAGCAUACAUCGCAACCCCCACUGCUGGGGCGCAGACGCGGACGAGUUCCGGCCGGAGCGCUUCUUGUCCGUGACGCCGCAGCAGCUGUCCGCGUUCAUGCCGUUCGGCCACGGCCCCCGCAGCUGCACCGGUUUCAGUUUGGCUUUAACUUCGAUCAAGUUGUCUCUGGCGGAGACGCUGCGGCGGUUCCGCGUGGCGCCGGGCGCGGGCUACGCGUGCGGCGCGCGCGCACCUCUGCGCGUCACCUUCGACAUCAUGCUGAAGCACGUGCACAACUUUGAAGUGCAGUUGGAGAGGAGAUGA